GUCGGAUCGCUUCAUGAUGGGAAUACGAAUAUUUUUUGUCUGUAAUAGUGUUAUUUUGAUUUGCGCAGGGUAAUAAUUGUCUGACAACCCUGGUAAUAGAUGUGAGGUAUUGCAUAGCAUUUUUUCUGUGAAUGACAUUUCUGGCAGCACAUGGAAAACUUUUUUAAGGGGUGGGAUCAGGAUUUAGAACAUUUGGUGCGACAAUGGGCGCCACUGGUAUGGUUACAACCCGAGGAAAAAUUCAUGCCGCUCGCUGUCGAACCGUUCCUCGAAAAUGUCCACAUCGCCGAUGAAAAAGGGAAAAUUUUAUCCACUUCUAGACACCCGAACAGAUUCUCCGAGUACAACGCGAGAUGGUUCUUUUUGGUACCUAGGGUGGGAUUAGAUCAUUUAAAAAUUAAUAGGAAUUCGUUUUUGUACGGCAAAAAUCCGAAGGAAAACGCGGUACCUGUCUAUGCUGUCGUUCACCACUGUUCCGACAGUGCGCAAGAAAACGCGUUUAACGAGUUGAAAGUGACUCCGGGAAAAUUGGAAAUAUUCCCGGAGUUUCUCGUAACUUAUUGGAUGUUUUAUCCUUACAACGAAGGAAAAGAAGUUUGCUUCAUUGGGAAAGUGCCCGCACCAAAGAUAUUUGGAAGAUGUCUUGGUCACGUGAAAACUAUGGGAAAUCACAUCGGCGAUUGGGAACGUGUAAGCUUGAAUUUCCGUGGUCAGCCGUUUCCGGACAAAAUGUUUUUGUCGGUGCACGACACCGGAUCCUUCUACACGUACGACAGAAAAAACAACAUUUUUAAAUACGAAUCCAACGUGCCUAGAAAAGGCGUUGCGCAAGUAUCCAAGUUUCCACCAUUUGUCAGAAUCCAAGGAGGACAUCCUGUAUUAUUCUCCGCGAAAGGAUCUCACGGUUUAUGGUCUGCGCCUGGCGAACACCAGUUCAUAAGACUUCCGAAAAUAACCGACAAAACCGGCUACGGUGUUCCGUGGAAAACGUGGACAGUAGUGGAAUUUUACCACUAUGGCAAAACGAAUCUUCCCACUUGGAUAACUUUUAAGGGAAAGUGGGGCACUCCGAAAAACAGAUGUUUGCUGUUAAAGAGGCUAGGCCUUUGUGAAUAUAGCGAAGGCCCGAUGGGUUUGCUCAGGGAUAGUAAGGAUUUUUCCUGCUGGAACAAUGUGAUGAAAUAA